UUCAAAGGCACAGCUUUAGUGCACAGUUCAGCACACAAGGGACGAGAAACAUAUAAGUUUGGGCAACCAAAAGAAAAGAAUGAAUUUUGGGAUUAUCUCUUAAGUCAGACAAGACAUUUUGGUCCAAGAGACGGAUUUGGUCAUUUGGAAUUUGCACAUAAUUGUGCUCCGAAGCAAGCAAAGAUGGAUGCAGAUGGAGAAGAUAAAAAGCUACGCACACGUUCAGGAGGAACCAAGGCACACGUGGAUUCGAUAGCACAGGAGCUCAGUGCCUACAAAAGCUCCAUGGCAAAGAAGAGAAAAGCUGAAGAACAGCUUUGGGGAGUUCCAGUGAACAAAAGGAAGUCUCUGUUAAUGAAACCACGCCAUUACAGCCCCAGUCUGGAAGGCAAGGGGAAAAAUGAGGAGAAGACAGAACUGCAGCACAAAAGCAACAUUGGCCAAACAGAAGACACCACUAUAACACAAGCAGAAACUAUCACUAAUUUGGAUAUGCAAGAAAAUGAUCAUCAAAAGAAAGAUGAAUACACUAGUUACAAGGACUUAAUAACCAAAUCUUUAAGUACUGUUGAAAAAAUAGCAAAUGAUGCACCAAAUCAUCCAGAAGAUGAAAAACUAAGUGAGAGUUGCAGUCAAUCCUUAAAAACAGAGAAUAAGAAUGUUAAUGAAUGUUACAUGAUCAGCUCUUCAGUAAGCAGAGACAGAAUUCACAUUUCUGAUCCACAGUACUGUUCCUCUGAGGAUAAUGAAAGUAAUUCAGAAAUGCUGGACAACGAAUGGGAAAAUUCCUCAAAUUUCUCUGAAGAGACAAGCUUAAAACUUCCCUUAAAUCAAAAAUACAUUGUAGGACAUAAUGAGCAAGAUAUCUUAAAAGUGCCAGGAGUCAAAAGUGAAGCAGUAGAUUUCAACAGUUCAGAAACAGUUUGCAACUCAGAAACAGGGCUGCAAGAAUCACAAGAGUCACAUGUGGAGUCUUUCAAUAACAGGCUUCAGAAUCCAUUGCCAGACAGUGAGGAAGAGGAGUGUAUGUCAGAAAAUACUGAAAUGUCUUUUGAUUUGGACAAAACUAAGCAAAAUUUGAGUUUGCUGGAACGAGCAAUUGCUCUGCAGGCAGAGCAGGGUCAUGUCUUUCAUAGCACCUACAAAGAGCUGGACAGGUUUCUACUAGAGCACCUUGCUGGUGAAAGAAGACAAGCCAAAGUGGUUGAUCUUGGUGGCAGAACAAUCUAUAAUAAUAAACACUUGCCUAGGCCUGAAAAGAGAGAAACAAAAUGUCCUAUCCCAGGAUGUGAUGGUACAGGGCAUGUGACUGGAUUGUAUCCACAUCACCGCAGUCUUUCUGGUUGCCCACAUAAAGUCAGAGUUCCCCUUGAAAUCCUUGCCAUGCAUGAAAAUGUUCUAAAGUGCCCCACUCCUGGAUGUACAGGGAGAGGACAUGUCAACAGUAACCGUAAUACUCACAGAAGUCUUUCCGGUUGUCCCAUUGCGGCAGCUGAAAAAAUGGCAAUGUCUCAGGAAAAAAAUCAGCAAGAAUCUCCCAAAAUGGGGCAAUGCCAUGAUCAGGUCCACAGGACAAACUUGAUGAAGCAGUUUGAGUUAUCUCAGUAUAGUUGCCGAUCUGCCCAACCAAUCCCUUCCUCCAGAGCCACCUUUACAAGAGAGCAAGCGAAAUGUGGGAAAGUACCAUUUGACUAUGCUAGUUUUGAUGCCCAAGUCUUUGGCAAACGCACAAUGGUGCCAACUAUGCAAGGACAAAAACCUACACAAUUCCUUGACUCAAAGCAUUUUUCAAAUCCAGGGAAAUUUUCUAAUCGGCUGCCUAGUGCUAGCGCCCACACACAGAGCCCUUGCCAUGCCAACUCUUACGGCUACGGUCAAUGUAGUGAAGACACCCACAUAGCAGCAGCUGCUGCAAUCCUGAACCUUUCCACCCACUGCAGGGAAGCAGCAGAGAUCCUCUCCAACAAACCACAGAGUCUGUCUGCCAAGGGAACUGACAUUGAAGUCGAUGAAAAUGGCACCCUGGAUCUGAGCAUGAAAAAGAAUCGAAACCAAGAAAAGAUUACCCCUCUAACUUCUUCCAGUACCACAGUUCCCACUCCUUCUUCUUCACCCUUCAAGACAGGCAGCAUUCUGGUCAAUGCCACUUUCUACCAGACCUUGUGUGAAAAGGAAGGCUGGGAUACACCAAUCAACUAUAGCAAGAGUCAGGGGAGAAAAGAGGAAGAAAAAGAGAAAGAUCCUGCAAUCUUUCCUGAAAAUCUGGAGGAAAAAAAGUACUCAGAUGUCUCAGUCCCAAGUCCAAAACCCAAGCUCCAUUCACGAGACCUCAAAAAGGAACUGAUCACACAAACAUGGCUACAUCUCUGGAAUGGCUACCCUUCUGGACUAACAAAUUUAUCAUGGCAUGAACUUUUGUGUCCAACGCCAGGUUGUGAUGGCAGUGGUCAUGUGACAGGAAACUACGCCUCACACCGCAGUGUUUCUGGCUGCCCACUAGCUGACAAAACAUUAAAAUCCUUGAUGGCUGCCAACUCUCAAGAGCUUAAGUGUCCUACUCCUGGAUGUGAUGGCUCUGGUCAUGUGACUGGAAACUAUGCCUCACACAGAAGCUUGUCUGGUUGUCCUCGGGCUAGGAAAGGUAGUCUCAAAGUGACUCCUACCAAAGAGGAAAAAGAAGACCCUGAACUUAAAUGUCCGGUGCUAGGCUGUGAUGGCCAAGGUCACAUAUCAGGUAAAUACACUUCCCAUCGCACUGCUUCGGGUUGUCCUAUGGCUGCCAAGAGACAGAAGGAGAGUCCACUCAAUGGGUCUUCACUGCCUUGGAAACUGAACAAGCAAGAGCUGCCGCAUUGUCCUUUGCCAGGCUGCAACGGGCUGGGUCAUGUUAAUAACGUUUUUGUCACCCACCGAAGUUUGUCUGGAUGUCCUCUGAAUGCACAAGCCUUAAAAAAAGGCAAAAUAUCUGAAGAAUUAAUGACCAUCAAGUUGAAAGCAAGUGGAGGUUUGGAAAAUGAGGAAGAAAUCAGACAUUUGGAUGAAGAAAUCAAAGAACUGAAUGAAUCCAACCUUAAAAUUGAAGCUGAUAUGAUGAAACUUCAGACACAAAUAACAUCUAUGGAAAGCAAUCUGAAAACAAUAGAAGAAGAGAACAAACUUAUAGAGCAGAACAACGAGAGCCUAUUAAAGGAGUUGGCUGGCCUAAGCCAAGCCCUCAUCUCCAGUCUUGCCGACAUUCAGCUUCCACAAAUGGGCCCAAUCAGUGAGCAGAAUUUUGAAGCAUAUGUAAAUACACUCACAGACAUGUACAGCAAUCUGGAACGGGACUAUUCCCCAGACUGCAAAGCCCUGCUGGAAAGUAUCAAACAGGCAGUGAAGGGUAUCCACGUGUAGGAUGGAGAAGCUUCUGGGAAACAGGAGUUACGUAGCAGCAGUGGACUCCAGAUGGAUCCAUGAAGAACGCCUGGACUGCUUAGGAGUAUUGAUUGCUGUGCUGCAUUUCCAAUUACAACAUUGCACUAUUUUUUUUCCAGCUGACAUAAAAAGGACAGAAAACAUAACAGACUAUUGUAUUAACAGCAAUGACUCAGAUCACAGAAUAUAUUUAUUUCUGUACAAAUCUUUUUUGUCAUCAUUGUUGUUUUGCACUCUUUUCAUUUUGUAUAGUGAAUGUAAAAAAAGUGUGUGUGAAUAUUUUUUUACAUUUUUAAAUUUAUUUUCAAGCCAAGAGUUGUGUGUGGGUUUUCUUUCUUUUUUAGUCUUUUAAACACAUUUCUUGCAGCCUGCCAUAUUUUUACAAAUAUGUUUGUUAAUUUAUUUUCAAGUGAGGUUUUAAAUAGACUGAAAGUUACAGUGUAAAUUAAAUGAGUUGCUGGGUUUGUACAGGAAGAAAAGGGGAGAACUAUGAAAGAAACAAAAUAACAGAACUGUGAUUCUAGUAUUAUUUUCAUCACAUCCUGCUUUUUUAUAGCAGCUUUUUUUAAUGAAAUGGGAAAUGGAUUUGCAAUAGCAUGAGAGAGAUGCAAUGAACCAGGGAUAUAAAGGUGAAUGGUGCCCUCUGCUGGAGGAACUUCAUCUCAUUGAGCACAGCAUGUUGUAAGAAUUCAAGAUUUUUUUAAGCAAUAAAUGAAAUCUAGCAAUCAGCAAAGCAUUGGACUUGGCUGUGUGUCAUAGCCUUCACAAAAUGAUUGUUUGAAACCAUUCAAGGGGAGAACAGAUUUAUUUAAGGAAUCCACACACACACCUGCCCAUCAUUCAUACAAGGAGAGGAAAAAAACGUUUCUAUCCCCUUCAAUGUAGUAAGCUUUGAAAUGAUCUGUAGCUUUUUGGUAGAUAGCUGUGUAAACACAUUGGUUAGUUGACCAAUAUCAAUAUAAUUUCAUACUGGGGGAAAAUGCAAUCCAAGCUGAUGAUAUUGUAUAUACAAUUAAGCCAAGAUCAUCAUCCCUGAAAGGACAGCAAUUGAAUUUUGAUUGAAGAAAAAAAGAAAAACCAAGAGUUCUGCAGUUGCUUUCCUGUUUUAACAGAGAGGGAACAAUUCCCACUGCAGUGAACUGAAGGUGCACAGCAGCAGUACCUGAUGAUAAGAUCUAGGAGCUAUAGGAAUGCACUCCCUGUUAUGUUUUUAACUACAGCUCCCAGAAUCCCUUAGCUAUGUGGGCUGGGACAUUCUGGAAGUUGUUAUCCCCAGAAGUAAGUUUGUCCAGAGUCUCUUUGUUACCUGCAUUAUAUACUAAUGCUUUAAAGUAAAUUGUCAUAAGAUAGAUAGGACUUAACAUCCAAGAAAACAGCUCUAUUUGAUACUCUGAUACUAAACCAGAAGAUAGAUCAGUCCAUCUUGCUCAGUAUUGCCAGUAUCAGCCCAUAUAGCUCAGUCGGUAUAGUGACUGACCUUUGGUGCUAUCUCAGAGAGAGUUCUUUUCUAGUCCUACCAGAACUAGAUUGGACCUAAGACCUUCUUCAUACCAAGCACAUACUCUACCAUUCAGCUACAGCUUACUGUUUUCAAGAGACUUCCCCAAGCUGUUUGCCCUCCAGACAUGUUGGGCUACAACUCCAAUCAUCCUAUAGCCAUGCCAGCUGCAUUCCAGUACAUUGGGAGGGCAACAGAGGGAGUCUGGUACAUAGAACUGCAUAUUCUGUACUAUUGUGGGACAGCUCCACUCCCCAUCAGUGCAUCUCUGGUAUGUGCACAGAGCUUUCUCAUAUACUGGAGUCAAAGGGGAAGCUUUAGCUUGCAAAGAGGAACCUGUGUGCAUAUCAGAGUCCUUUGUAGCAGUGAAUCAGGUUGCAACUUUGUUUUGAAUUGCUAUUGAAGAUAGCCUGAGUUUCUACAGAUUAUAAUUUGUUAAGACAAGGACAGGGAAUAUGUGGUCUUCCAGAUGUUGUUGGACACCAGCUGCUGUCAGCCCUAGCCAGCAUAGCCAAUGGUGAUGGACUAUAGAAACACCAGAAACUGCCCAGCAUAUUGAUAUCUGUUUGGCAGCAGGCCUCAAGGGUUCAGAGAGGAUUCUCUUUCAGCCCUACCUGGAGAUGCCUGGCAUACCUGGGAGUGUAUCCAUACUACACCGUUCUGGUAGUUUGAUCCCAUUUUAACUGUCUUGACUCCAUCCUGAGAAAUCUUGGGUUUUCUAGUUUGGUGAGAUACUUAGAAUUUUCUGCUAGAAAAGGUGCUUCACUGAUCUAAAGCUCUCUCUAGUAAAGAAUUCCAAGUAUGUCACUACAAACUACAAAUCCUAGGAUUCCAUUGGAUGGAGCAAUAGCAAAUAAAGUGAGAUCAAAGUACUAUAACAUUGUAUCAUGACCUUUGAUCCAAGUACAAACUAGGCUUGACUCUGCUUAGCUUCUGAAAUCAGAUGGGAUCAGGUCUUUUCAGGGUGCAGUCAGGCACCAUCUGGAGAAGCAUGCAUUUCCCAUUCCUGUCUUAAGAGUGGAUCUCAUAAGUACAUUUCUUAGGCACCCACUCAGAAAUACAGGCACACAUGUCCCAAGUGCAGUAGACCUUUUCAGCAUCUGUAUUCAGUCUCAAUUUAGUAGUAAACAAAGGUCUGAUAUUUAUUUCAGGGAGUUUAAGUAAUACAUUUCCUCUCCCCCACCCCCAAUUUUUUUUAAAACAUUGUUUGAAACAAAGAUAAACAACCAUUUUGGGUGAGGGUUUUUCCCCCUCUUUUGGUUGUUUGUUCUUGGUAUGCACACGUCUAUUGUGCAUAGGUGCCUCGGUGUAAAAUGUAUACAUGGAUCUAGCGUGGAUUUUAAUUUUUCUGUGCUACAAUGAAAGUGUUAAUUUUUACUUGUCUACUCGAGAUCUUGGUUUGGAUAUGACAGCAUUCACAGUCAUCACUCAUACAAUGAUAUUAUAGUGUUCUUAUCCAAGAGUGCUUCUCCAAGGUCAUUCAACUUUCAUACACUGUGAUUGCUGUUCCGCAUUAGGUGGGGCUUGCUGUUUAUGUGGGGAUUUGGUUUGGCCCCCAGACCUUAGUUUAGACAGGAGAGGUGUAUGUUCUUAGAAGCUGUGUUUAUUUUUUAAAGAAAACAAUUUGACAGAAACCGGAGUAUGUGCUAAUAUAAAAUAGAACACCAAAUUGCUAUUAAAAAUUAUUGUACCUGGGUUUUUUAAAAGACAUUUGCUAUACCUGUUUAAUGCAUACAAAAAUGAAUUCACUUGUGACAGA